AUGGCGAAGUCCAGGGGCCGUCUCUACCUUUGGAUGUGCUUGGCUGCAGCGCUGGCGUCUUUCCUUGCAGGAUUUAUGGUGGGCUGGUUUAUUAAACCUCUGAAAGAAACCGCUACUACACUGCGCUAUCAUCAAAGCAUACGGCAGAACCUGGUAUCCGAGAUGAAAGCUGAAAAUAUUAAAUCAUUUCUUCGUUCUUUUACAAAGCUUCCUCAUCUGGCUGGAACAGAACAAAAUUUACUGCUUGCCAAGAAAAUCCAAAGUCAGUGGAAGAAAUUUGGACUGGACUCAGUCCAUUUGGUUCAUUAUGAUGUUCUCUUAUCUUACCCUAAUGAGACAAAUUCCAACUAUGUAUCAGUCAUGGAUGAACAUGGAAUUGAGGUUUUUAAAACAUCAUACUUUGAGCCACCACCAGAUGGAUAUAAGAAUGUUACAAAUAUUGUACCACCAUAUAAUGCUUUCUCAGCCCAAGGCAUGCCAGAGGGAGAUCUUGUAUAUGUAAACUAUGCUCGUACUGAAGAUUUUUUCAAACUAGAAAGAGAAAUGGGCAUCAACUGCACGGGAAAGAUUGCCAUUGCCAGAUACGGGAAAAUCUUCAGAGGAAAUAAAGUUAAAAAUGCCAUGUCAGCAGGAGCCAUAGGAAUCAUUCUGUACUCAGAUCCAGCUGACUACUCUGCCCCUGACGUGCAGCCGUAUCCCAAAGGAUGGAACCUUCCUGGACAUGCAGCUCAGAGAGGGAAUGUGUUAAACUUGAAUGGUGCUGGUGAUCCACUCACUCCAGGCUAUCCAGCAAAAGAAUACACCUUUAGACUUGAUGUUAAAGAAGGAGUGGGAAUGCCCCAAAUCCCUGUACAUCCCAUCGGAUAUAAUGAUGCAGAAGUAUUAUUACGCCAUAUGGGAGGAACAGCUUCACCAGAUGACAGCUGGAAGGGAAGUCUCGCUGUGGAUUACAAUAUCGGGCCUGGCUUCACAGGGCAUGGUUCUUUCAGGAAAGUUAAAAUGCACAUUCAUAACACCAAUAAAAUUACAAGGAUUUACAAUGUAAUUGGAACUCUCCCAGGAUCUGUGGAACCUGACAGGUAUGUUAUUCUUGGAGGCCAUCGGGAUUCUUGGGUGUUUGGAGGUAUUGACCCAACCACUGGGACUGCUGUUUUACAAGAAAUUGUUCAGAGUUUUGGAAAACUGAUGAGUAGAGGCUGGAGACCUAGAAGAACUAUCAUUUUUGCCAGCUGGGAUGCAGAAGAAUUUGGACUUUUGGGUUCCACAGAAUGGGCUGAGGAGAACGCAAAAACACUCCAGGAGAGAAGCAUUGCUUAUAUCAACUCAGAUUCAUCAAUAGAAGGCAAUUAUACUCUCAGAGUUGACUGUACACCCCUUCUUUACCAAUUGGUGUAUAAACUGACAAAAGAGAUCUCUAGCCCAGAUGAUGGUUUUGAGAGUAAAUCUCUUUAUGAGAGCUGGUUGGAAAAGGACCCUUCAUCUGAAAAUAAAAACCUUCCUAGAAUCAACAAGUUGGGAUCUGGAAGUGAUUUCGAAGCUUAUUUUCAGAGACUUGGGAUUGCUUCUGGCAGAGCCCGCUACACCAAGAAUAAGAAAACAGAUAAGUACAGCAGCUACCCAUUAUACCAUACGAUUUAUGAGACAUUUGAAUUGGUAGAAAAUUUUUAUGACCCCACAUUUAAAAAACAGCUUUCUGUGGCUCAGUUACGAGGGGCACUGGUCUAUGAGCUUGCAGACUCUCAAAUCAUUCCUUUCAAUAUUCAAGACUAUGCAAAAGCUUUGAAAAACUAUGCAACAAGUAUCUACAAUUUAUCGAAGAAACAUGACCAACAAUUGAAAGAUCAUGGAGUAUCAUUUGAUUCCUUAUUUUCUGCUGUGAAAAACUUCUCAGAGGCUGCUUCUGAUUUCCACAGAAGACUAAUAGAAGUUGAUGUUAAUAAUCCCAUUGCAGUGAGAAUCAUGAAUGACCAAUUGAUGCUCCUGGAAAGAGCAUUCAUCGAUCCCCUUGGUUUACCAGGGAGAAAGUUCUACAGGCACAUCAUCUUUGCACCAAGUAGGCACAACAAAUACGCUGGAGAAUCAUUUCCUGGGAUCUAUGAUGCUAUGUUUGAUAUUGAAAAUAAACCAGACCCACGUUCAGCCUGGAGAGAAGUAAAGAAACAUAUUUCUAUUGCAGCCUUUACAAUUCAGGCAGCAGCAGGGACGCUGAAAGAAGUGGUAUAA